AUGCCUUCCUCCGUUAUAGAAGCAAUCCAGCAGAAUAUGAACGACUACGCCUCUGAAUCGGCCAAUCUCCUACAGGCAGGCAACCUCUUAUACUUUCUCAGCCCUAUCCGACUAGCGAAGUUCAUCUGGGACAUGCUCUAUAUCCUCACCCAAACAAUAAUUAUCCUGAUAUUCAAACCGCAACUCCCAAAAGCUCAGCAGACGCUAUCAAAACCACGCGGAAGGAUAGCAGUCAUUGGGGCCGGAAUAACUGGAGUCAGCUCAGCUGCGCACGCUAUUGGUCAUGGCUUCGAAGUCGUCAUCUUUGAGGCGGCGCCAAAGUCCAAGCUGGGCGGGAUAUGGGCUCAAGUGAAUCGCACGUCGGGCCUUCAGCUGAACUCGCUCCUGUACCGAUUUCAUCCUGGCGUUCUCUGGAGCCGAGCGUUUCCAUUGCGAGACGAGAUUCUGGGAGAGGUUAAGAGGAUCUGGAAGGAGUACCAUCUCGACAUCCGGACACGCUUUGAGACCAAGGUAACCUCCGUCAAACGGGUGCCUUGCCCGGAAGACGAGUCGGAAUGGGCAGAUGACCCCAAUCGCUCUCGCUGGAUCAUAAACGACGGCCAAGAAGGCGUGUUUGACGCGGUCAUCGUGACCAUCGGUACAUGCGGCGAUCCUAACUGGAUUAAGCUUCCUGGAAUGCCAGACAACAUCGGACAGGAGACGCCAAAAACACACGGAGCUGACUCUCCCCCUAGCCAAGAUACGUGCUCAGCCUCGGACCAGAAAGAGCAAGGUCCUUCAGAUGAACGAGAGAACAGUGAAGAAGAGUUCACAAAAACAAUACUCCACUCCUCCCAGCUCGAUUCGCCUGAGUUCAAGCUCAAGGGUGGCGAACGCGUCGUCGUCAUCGGAAGCGGUGCAAGUGGUGUGGAGGCUGUCGAGACGGUGCUAGAAAAGGAGAAGGACGGCGUCGAGGUUUACAUGAUUGCAAGAGACGACAAGUGGAUCAUACCGAGGAACAUCAUGAUCGAUACCUUUAUUUCUGGGCAGCCGUUCGGGAGGCAGAUGCCGUUGAGUUUCCUGUGGGAAGAAUUUCUUCGAAGAUGGCAGUACUGGGGUGUCGAAGAGCUCGUUCCGAAAGAUCGUGGUAUCUACGAAGGGACGCCCGUCGUCAACGACGUAUUCCUCUCACAAGUACGCUCCGGCCGAUGCCAUUAUGUACGCGGGCAGCCCGUCCGUCUGACCAAAGACGGUGUCGUCGUCACUGGCCGAAAGAGCAAGCCCAAGAAUCGACACGCCAAAGAGGCCCGCAAGUCGAAGAACGGUGGUUCUGUAGAGGAUAUACCCGAGGGCGAAGAGAAGUUAUACGAAGCCGAUAUAAUCGUGUUUGCUACGGGGUACAAGAAACCGUCGAUUGAUUUCUUGCCACAGGAUUUGUUUCCUGAAGGGUACCAGAGACCUGAUCUCUACCUCCAGAAUUUCUCGACUGAAGACUGGUCUAUCCUUACGACCAACUCGGCGUACAUGAACGCGAUCGGGACAGUUGGUCAUUUCCACAUUGGGAUCUACACGCGCAUCCUCCUCACACUCCUCAUGGACCCUACCGCCCGCCCAUCGCCAAAGGACAUGAAGCUCUGGGUUGACGUCCUCCGGUUCAUCAAGCGCGGUGCGACGGGUGGCGCGUUGGGGUUCUUCACAUAUAUGGAACUCACGAUUUGGCUUUUGGGAUUCCAUAUUCUGAGGCCAGACCGGUUGAGGUGGCUGUUCUUCAUUAUGAAUGGGUGGGGCGUGUACGCGCAGUAG